AUGCGUGAAUUCAACCAUGACUGUGUAUCAACUGAUGAGGAGGUUUGUGACGUCAUAGUCAAGUUGAUGACUGGGGAAAGCACUGGAAGUGAAUUAGCAGUUGUGAUCGAAGAACAGUUGAUGUUAACUCGUGAUCAUUGUCCAGAAAUCCUUUUACCUGUUAAUCAACAUUCAGAAAUCAUUCUGGUACAGCGAUUUUCACAGCAUAACAGAAGACUUGUAAGUUUAGAAGAUAAUGAAAAACAAGGCAACUUUGAUGGAAAGAUAAGUAGCACUCCACGACCUCCACGACUUAAGGGAACUUAUAGCUCUGAUUUAGAUGUCACAGGAUCUCCACUGAAGUGCCCAUUCUCCCUGGCUAAUGAACCAUCUGAGUUAUCCCCUCUCACUGUUUUCCUUCCUGUUGCAAAGAAGAAAGCAAGAAUCUCCUAUUCACCCAUAUCUGCUUUAAAGGCUGAGUUAAUUGCCUCAAAAUUUAAUGUGGCUCUGAGGAAGGUUUUCAACAAGGCAUCUGAGAGUAUCCCAGUCUGGAUUGUAUGUGAUGGCAAAGAUACACAGGGCACCCUUUUUUGUGGACUUCAUCGUACAGCUACAGAAGUCACCAGAACGGUGAUAACAUCCUCAGGACCAUUCCAUUCAGCUGAUUAUCUUCCUUCACUUGAUCACCUCCAGCUACAUCUUACUGCUGGUUGUCCUUCAGAUGAAAUUGCUAGCUCUGUAAAGGCAACAUAUGAUGUAUUACGAUGUGAUGAUGAAACAGAAAAUUCAAGUGUUCACAUGACAUGUAAAUGGAGAGAAACGCACACAAUUCUUACACCUCCAGCUUUUGAUGCCCAUACAACAGUGUGCGUAAAGGUGGUGUGUAGUGAUCAAAGGAGUCCUGCAUAUCAGAUGUUUCAAGAGUUAAAUGUUUUGCAAGGUUUUGUUAAAGGCCUUAAGUGCGGUGAAGUUUCAUGGUGCAUAAGAGAAGACUCCAGCUCAGUAGCUAAGGAUUUAGAAGCAUUUUUCACAACUAUAAGGGAGAAAGCACAACGUCAGAAGAAAGUGGAAGAAGGUGCACCAAAUUCAGAUACAAUGGUUGAAGACAAGUUUUACAGUCGCCGUCAAAAUAUGGACUUCACCGAUCUCCUCUGGACUGUGUUAAUGAAAUGUGAAUCAUACAGAGAGCUAGAAUCAAGCCUCAGAUCGGUUUUUAAGGCCAUUGCUUCAGGACAUAUACGACCCCAGAUACAUGUUCGGACUAAAACAAAGAUUGGAAUUGCAACCCUUGGUCUCAUGCGAGGUCAGUCAGGGGAGCCUGAUUUGAGUGGGCUUACUCCUAUUGAAAUGCUUGUAGACAUUGGCAUGGAGAAGAUCAAACGAGACUAUAUAAAUAUAUUCCAAGGUGGUGAUUUAGUGCUAGGAGAAGAGUUUUGCUGGUUUAUCAUGAAUGAGGACCAAAGCCUGGAAAAUACAAUGAGUCUCUUAGAAAAACUUCAUAUUGGGUUUCAGGUUGUUCUUUUGUUACAUACAUAUCUCAACUUGCCUCAGGCGGUCUUGAAGCAGUUUGCAUCAAAGGCUUUGAAGGAUCUCCAGAAGCAAAAUUUUGCUUCACCCUACUCUUUCAACUUCACUUUAGAAACUGGGAAAGUUCGCCAAUUCCUUAACAGCAUUUCACCUACAACUUGGGAAGUUUCGCUUGAGAGUAACCUCAAGAACUACUCGAAGUCCUUGAUUGUCAAUUUUUCAAAGGAACCACUUAUAAAGUUUGAAAGUAACACCUCUGAUAUCGAAGAAGUACUUGAUGGUGACAAAGAUGAUAGCGAGGAAACAGAAGAUAGUUAUUUUUGUUGCUUUUUCAAGACUGUGAAGGAUCGAGCACUCUUGUAAUUUACUUUGUUAUACCGUUCUAAGCAUGCAAGUUGUCUUUUAUCCAAGAAAUUUUUAAUAUUUGUAAGUUGCCAAAAAAUUGGUUGGUGGAUUAAUACUUGUAGGUAACCAAAAGGAAGGAAUGCUGUAUUCAUUCAAGCAUGAUGAAGUUAAAAUCAUUGUCUAGAAAAUAUAAAAAUUGUACUUCCUUUUUUAAAAUUUUAUAUACUGUUUUGCUAUAAUUGACUCCUUACCCAUUAGCAUAUUCAUUUCUUCUUAUUUAUUCUGCAAGCUAAAGUUCUUAAUUAUUAUGGUUUUUCUAUUAACUGUGGUUGUAUUGUCAACAAAAAAUACUGUUAACUUCUGAUUAAAGGGAUGUUGGCCAUUAAUAAUCCAACACACUACAGUUAUAGUACAUCACUAUGUAUAUACUUUUCAGCCGUAAAUAUUACUUAAAAUAUUUUGUUCUUUGAAAGAAUAAUUGCAAACAAGCUCCAGAUAACUUGAUUAUAUUGCAUAGUGUAGGUACUUCUUAGCUUCCUCAGCAGAUUUACAAAAAUUCACAAAUAUACCUGAGUUAUAAUUAUUAUUUUAUUCAGAAAGACUGAUAUGACAAGUUUUAUUUGAGAUUGUAAACCUCCUGGAGUCGAUGAUAAAGGUAGGAUACCUGCUGUGUCCAAAAACUGUUUCAUUUUGUGUUGUAUACUGUGGCUUUUGAUCGUCAGAAAAUUCCUUAAUGAAAAUAUUUCAUGAAGCCUGCAAAGGUCACAGCAGAUAUAUUUCUUAGAAAUUAAUGAUGUUAAUAUCCUGUUUUUCUUUACAAUAGGAAUUUAACCUACCUUUUUUUAUAUAAAAUAUUUAAAUUAUUUUCCUAAUACUUUAUAUACAUAUUGCUUAU